CGUCACAUGGCCGAGAAGCCACAACAACAACAGCAGCAGCAGCAGCAGCAGCAGCAGCCUCGGCGGCCCCCGCAGAAAGCGCGGCUCAGGUACCGGGGGCCUCGUGGGCCCCGUCCGCCCUCCCCAUGGAGGAGAGUUUGCUUCACUCCUUUAGCAGCUUGAGCUUGCAGCCGCCGGCGCCCCCGCAGCCUGCGCCCCCGCGCCGCAGACCCCCGCGCCGGGGCAGCUUCAGGAAGCACCUCUACCUCCUGCGCGGCCUCCCGGGCUCGGGGAAGAGCACGCUGGCCAGACAGCUGAAGCAUGACUUUCCCAGGGCCUUGAUCUUCAGUACCGAUGACUUUUUCUUCAAGGAAGAUGGUACUUAUGAAUUCAACCCAGAUGUCCUAGAGGAAGCUCAUGACUGGAACCAGAAAAGAGCAAGGAAAGCAAUGAGGAAUGGCAUAUCCCCAAUUAUAAUUGAUAAUACCAACCUUCACGCCUGGGAGAUGAAGCCCUAUGCAGUCAUGGCACUUGAAAAUAACUAUGAAGUUAUAUUCCGAGAACCUGAGACUUGUUGGAAAUUCAAUGUUCAAGAGUUAGCAAGAAGAAACACACACGGAGUCCCAAGAGAAAAAAUCCACCGAAUGAAAGAACAGUAUGAACAUGAUGUGACCUUUCACAGUGUGCUUCAUUCCGAAAAACCAAGCCGAUUGAACAGAAGCCAAGACAGGCACAUGGCGCCUUUCAACAAUGCAGGAUAUUGGAACACCUACUCAGGGUUUCCAAACCGGAGAGUUCCCAGGGGCUUCCCAAGUGACAGCUACUUUAACAGAAGGGGGGGUUACCAUAAUGGAUAUUAAGAGUUCUAUAUUUUAUCUUUUUGACUGUUUUAAAUUUUCCUAAAUCAGUUUUUACUUCAAAUUUUUGUAUUUUAUUAUCUGUUCAGUUUGUCAGAAUUCUAAUGUAAUUCCGAGGUAAAUAAUGGAACUGGGGAAGUCUUUGUGCCUAAGUCAUUAUUAUCAUCAAAAGGAAUGUAUUAAGUGACCACAUGUGCUGAGGGCCUGUGUACAGCUGACUAAACAGGUACAGUCCCUUCCUCUGAGAAUGAAAUUGCAGGUGAAAAUAGAUAAUAAAUAUGUGCUCAGGUGUAGAGGACACGUGUGGCCAUGUGAUUAUAUCAAACUGUACCAGUUCAUAAUGUGUUUCUAUGAUAGAUAUUUGAACAUUAGUGCAACUGGUUUGUUUCUCUGUAAUAGAUAUGGAUUUAUUUUUUUCACUUGAUAUAUUUGACUUUAGGACACUUAUGCAUGUCUUGUGUUGUGCUAUGGGGAGUGUCCAUCUCAUUUUAGAUUGUCCCAUUGCAUAUGUUGUUUUGGUUAAGAUAUAUGUGCUAGGGAAUGUAUGAGUUGUGACCAAAAGGGGGGUAUUUUUCUUUUAAAACAAAUGUAGCAGAAUUUAUAUAUCCAAACAAGGGAAUAUAUAUAUUCCCUUGAAAAUAGUCACUUUAAGAAAGAUUAAAUCCAAGAUUGCUAUCAUUCCAAAAUAUUUGGAAAGGAAACUAAUUCAAUUAAAUAAUGAAAUCACAGCCAUAACUCCUUUUUGAUCCCCCCCCCCCCCUCAAUACAUUGGUUUCCAAGAGCUUUAGACCACAUUAGACUAGGUAAAAGCUAACUUUACUUUUAAAGUAUCUUUAGGUUUGUAUAGAAACAUUGUUUCGAGUUUACCAGAAACAGAUCAAAUUUUGGGCAACUCAGUUAACUAAACAUCAACGAUAAACUAAGUGGCUAAAAAAAAAACAUAAUAUCAAGACCAGUAGCAUCAUUAAUAUGGUAGCAAUGGGACCAUGCACAAUAUCCAAGAAGAGGGUAUCUUGGGAAUGUCCCUUUCUCGAGUUAAACCAUAAGAAAGCAUCUGUUAACAAGUACUGUUUCCUUAGUGCAAAUUAAUUAGAAUUUUUUUCCCUUGUUACCUUUUCACUUUAGAUAGUGAUAAACCAUCAUCACAUAGCUUUCCAUUUGCUCUUGGCUAAUGUAGGAUUGUUCUCUAUAGGCUAUAUUUUCUAGUGUUUUGUAACCUCUAAUUUUUAAAGUGUUUUGAACAAUGGUGCUUUAAGUGGUUCUUUACUGUAUGUUGUAUUUAUAUGAAUUUAACAAAGCAAAUAUUGAAUGUAAACUAUGUUUUCUGGAUAUGACAUUCUAUUUUCUUACAUUGUAUCAAUAUACAUCUAAUACACUAA